AUGCCGCCGCGCAGAGCGGGCGACUUCGUCAUGGACGUGGAUUCAGACUCGGAUGUAGACAUCCUGGACGAACCCAACGGACGGUCGCAGGGGAAGGGGAAGGGAAAGGCGACCGACAAGAGUGGUCGGAGAAAAGGAAAGAGCAAAGCGAGCGAGCAACCAUAUGCAUGGGAGGCGUCCUAUACGCGCUCUUGGGACAUGGUACAGGAGGAUGAAACAGGAAGCUUGACGGCAGCCGUACAAGAUCUUGUUGCACGAGGGCGCAGACGCAGACUACUUGGUCCUGGCGGAGCCAUCCGCAGGACAAUCAUCCGGCACCUCAUCCUCGUACUUGACCUUUCAUCGUCCAUGACGGACCGAGACAUGCGACCUACAAGAUUCGGGUUGACGUUGGAAUAUGCACGCGAAUUCAUUACGGAAUGGUUUGACCAGAAUCCGCUGGGACAGAUCGGCAUUGUGGGUAUGCGAGCCGGAGUCGGAGAACGUAUCGGACAGAUGUCCGGAAACCCCCAGGAUGUGCUGAAGGCAAUCUCUGAACGACAUAAAAUGGAGCCAAACGGGGAGCCGAGCCUACAAAAUGCGAUCGAGAUGGCACGGAGCAGCAUGAGCCAUCUCCCAACGCAUUCGUCCAAGGAGAUCCUCAUCGUCUUUGGAUCGUUGACGACUGUUGAUCCUGGCAACAUACACGAUACGCUUGAUGCCUGCAUCAAGGAUCGAAUUCGAAUAUCCAUCGUCGCUCUUGCGGCAGAGAUGAAAAUAUGUCGCGAAAUAUGCGACAAGACUGGCGGUCAGUUUGGUGUGGCGAUGAACGAAGGCCACUACAAAGACCUUCUAUUCGAAUUGAUCCCGCCGCCAGCUCAACGAGCCCUGACAUCCAAGGCGGGCAGUGGUGGCGCAACGGCCGACCUCAUGAUAAUGGGUUUUCCGACUCGAUUGCCAGAUACAUCGCCGCCGAGCCUAUGCGUGUGUCACUCGGAGCUCAAGAGCGAGGGUUUCCUCUGUCCUCGAUGCCUCGCGAAAGUGUGCGACGUGCCCACCGAUUGCGAUAUUUGCGGCUUGAUGAUCGUCAGUUCGCCGCAUCUUGCACGCAGCUAUCACCAUCUUUUCCCUGUCAAGCCGUACACAGCGGUGUAA